AUCGCAACAUCUCUCUUCGCCCUCAUUUCAACGACUUCCGCUGGUUACACAGAACACGACUUCCAAUCAGGAAAUAUUGAAGGUUUCGGCCACGGAGUACAUUCAUCAGUCGAGCACAAGUACGACCACGGACCGGAAGUAGUCCAGCAAACGAAACCGUACGCGAUACCGGUUGUGAAAAAAGUGGGGGUCCCAGAACCGCACCCAGUAAAAUUUCCCGUACCGCAGGUCAUCAAGGUCGGCGUACCAUCCCCAUAUGCGGUACACGUGAACGUACCGGAACCAGUGGCGGUGCCGAUUUACAAACUGGUACCGGAAGAGAUCGAAAAGAAGAUACCCAUCCACGUCAACAAACUGGUACCGGUGUACGUCAAAAAACCGUACACGGUCGUACUGGAGAAGCACUACCCUGUGUACGUUGACAAGCCUUACCCCGUUCAUGUGCCUAUUUUCAAGCAUGUGUACUACAAGAAAGUCCACAAGUCUUAUAGCGGUUUCGACAAACAUGAUGAACAUCAUUAGAACGAAAAAAAAGGUUAAAAAUCUCAUGUUUUAUAUCUGUGUAUCGAUUUCUGACUGAAAACUUUCUAUGUAAGAAUGUGUGUUACGCCUGCUUUUUUGUUAUUGUUGUUGUUGUUGUUGUUGUUGUUUCUUAUAUUUGUUAUAUUUUUGUUAAUAAAGCACC